CUUCGCUCCGCCCUGGAUGUUGCCGGUUGAUGAAAAGAUUCAGAAGAUCACGGUAUUCUUUCACGAGGCAGAACCAGAAUAGAAAGCUCAAGGUUUUCGAGUGUUGACGUAGUAAGGAGUACUUGUUUGUCGUUAAUUCGCCGCUGGUCCAAAAAGAAAGACCCCGUUAAUUUCGAUUUCCCCGAAGAUUCCGAUUCAUUUUCAUUUCAAUGAAACAAGAUGCCCCACGUCCCGUCCCACUCGUCCUGCUCGGUCCGUUUGUCCGGCGAAACAGGGAGAGUAAAAACUGCUACCAGAAUUGCUUCGUCGAGCUGCUUACAGCUGCACUUUUGCCGGACCACGACAGAAUCGCUUCGGAAUUGCACCGCCCAAACUCGCAGCAUCACCACCGACGGUCCCUUCCGACACAAAAACGCGGGCCGCGGACUGGGGCGCGCGCCGAAGCGCAAGCACUACGACCGAAUUCUGGUUCACGCGGACACGCAGACGCUGCUCAAAACCGCACUGAACGUAGUGAAAAACGAGAUUAGCCUCGCGAAACAGUCCCGAACUGCAAACAGUUCUUCUAGUAGGCUCAUCGCCCACCGGUUCGUGCGCCCGCUUACCGCGCCGGCGUUUUGGGAGGUGUUUUCGAAACGGGUGAAGGUGUCGCUGCACUUGAUGAGCAUCCGGGAGUUGCAUUUAGUUCUGAAAGCGUUUGAGAUCUCGAGGAAAGACUACGACGUGUUUUCUAGUAUUGCGGUGCACGUUGCAAAUUUCCGGCUCGCAAACUUCUCCGACUACAACUCCUUUGUGAGUGGGUGUAACGCGGUGAGGAACGAGAAUUUGCGGCACAGCACUUUGGUCAGCCCAGGGAUGAAUUACCAGGAGAGGAGGAAGAACUCGUGGCCGUGUUUUGUGUUGAUCGACUUGGUCCGGAUGUUUGGAAAGAAAGACAACUACCAAUCGUUCGUUUUACAGCUGGUUCAACAGUUUCUUUACAGCGGGUUGUCCGGAAGUAACGCGAAACAGGUACUGUCGGUACUUUUCUGGAUGAAAAAAUGCGGGUUGAUGGAUGACAUCGUUUCCGAGGUAGAGGGAGCAGAAGCGGAACAAGAAGAGUCUUUCGAUAGUGCGGCUAAGAACUGCGGCAGCGUGGUUUUGCGGUGUUGCGCGAAAAUUUCCCGGUAUGACUUGCUCAAAUCGGUUACCAUCUCAAACGUUACAAAAGAGUCUGGAAUUUGUGCUGUGCAUGAUGAGCAUGACAGACUCGCACAGUGUUCCGCCUUUUGCAAUACAAAUUUCGCCAGAUUGUUGAAGUGGGGUUUGGGGCUCCGGAACUUGUCAUGCGCAAUCCUAUGAGACGAGUUGGCUAAAUCUUGCACUCUUGCAUCACAGAUUUCCGUAUUCUAUUGCAACGUUUGAGAUUGUAACAGCUGAGCAGGUUAUACCCGGGACUUCGAGAAUUUGGAACAGGUGGUGGAAAUGCUGGAGAUAAUAGGGACGGGGAUGCUAUCAAAUGUAAAAAUGUCUGGGUCUGGAAGGAUGUAACCUGUGAUGCGCAUUUCGGAACACACAAAAAUCUCUCAUGCAUAGGUAGCAAAAGCUGCUCACUUUCUGUCACCAAAAUGGGGGAUUUGUCAUGCGGGUUCGGCAUUGCGGAAGCUUCUCGAAACCUGUGAUGCUAAAGCUUCCAUGCCAGACCUUCUGUGUCAUGCAGAAACAGCAUGACUCUUCCAGACCCAGACAUUUUUACAGUUGAUAGAUGCUGGGUACUAGCGAUAGGAAUCAUGCAAAUGAUCAAGAUCAUGAUAGUACCACCGUGAUUGAAGAUGAUGAUAUUGUUCUCCGUGCUGCUGUUCCUGAUGAUGUUACAUCCAUGGAGGGGGCCUCCACACGACAAAUAAACGGGACGAGCGCAGGAAGCAGUGAUAUUAAAGAAGACCUUCACGACGCUCCUGUUGGAGUAACAAGUACUACCACCGCCCCACAAACGGAAGGCGAAGGUCCUCCUUCUCCUUCUCCCGGCCGAUAUCGUAAGGAAAAAUCCCCCCUCCCCCUAUUGAAAAGGUAUGUUUCCGAAAAUUUGUGUUGCUGAUUUGAGGGCACAAAUCACAUUUGUCUUGCCAAAAGACAAGGGCGAGUCUUCCGCUCCAUUACGGAAGCGAUUUGUCAUGCUGUUGGGCCUAAAGGGGAGCCGUUUGCUAUGCUGAGCAACUAGACCCAUACGCCCCUACCUAGCCUGGGGAUCUGGCCGCAAUGCUGCCCUGCAAUACGCAGCUCAUUUGUGUACACAGAUCCAGCAUCAGAAAUUCCGUUUUGAUAUGGGGAGGGGGGAUUUUUCCUUUCGAUAGCCGAGUCGCGUUUUUCGAAACUCUCGCGGAGGAGAUCGAAGAUCAAUUGGCGGAGCGACUGGAAACCGAAUUUGAUGCUGAGCAUUGUUCGGAAACACAAACAACUCGGGAUGAAACAAGUGAUUCUUUCUCCUUCCAUCGUGAUGUUGAACAAGAACAUGAUAAUGCAGCCCAAAACUGUCGUGCGAAAAAAACAGCCACAGCCUGGCGGAUGCUGCAGGGAUUUUUGAAGCUGCAGAUUCUGCCUCCGAAGAAAGUUUUGGAGGUUUUAAAGCCGCAAUUCGAACGAAGGAUGAUGGCGGAAGGAGGAAGUGGAGAUUAUGAUUUGAGAACGGAUGAUGAGCGGGAGCAAGGCUUUGAUGCAGCAGCAGAGCAGGACUACUUCGACGAGAGGACGGCAGGGGCGGAUUUUCACCCACAGCAGACGUCGACGGCAUCCUACGAUCAGGACAGCAGAAGUGGUGCUGCGCCUUUUGAAGCCGAAAGCAACGCUGACAGCAGAAAUACUGCUGGCUUCGCGACAAAGGAGUAUAAUGCGAAGAACAGCACAUCAGCUGCGUCACCAGCACGCGAUCAUGAUAUUGACCUCAACACCCUCUCAGCUGUUUACGCUGAGGCCGGAAUGCCAUUCAGAUGCACAUAGACUAAGAAUGAUUGGGUUCUCAUGUCUCGCCCUGCGGCGCACCAUUUAUGCUAUUCGUUGCUUUUUCAUUUCCUGACCCAACCAGAUGUGACGCGUAGUUGUAGGAGACACUUGUUCUUUCCGACAAGUUACUCUCUCCUGUUCACUGACGAACGUAAAGAAAU